AUGAAUAACUCGACAUGCAUUCAGCCAUCUAUGAUCUCUUCCAUGGCUUUGCCAAUCAUUUACAUCUUCCUUUGUAUUGUUGGUCUUGUUGGGAACUCAUUCUCUCAGUGGGUAUUUUUAACAAAAAUAAGCAAGAAAACAUCAACACACAUCUACCUGGUACAUCUUGUCACUGCAAACUUACUUGUGUGCAGCACCAUGCCCUUCAUGAGUAUCUACUUCCUGAAAGGUUUCUACUGGGAAUAUCAAUCUUUUCAAUGCAGAGUGGUUAAUUUUUUGGGAACUCUAUUCAUGCAUGUAAGUAUGUUUGUCAGUCUUUUAAUUUUAAGCUGGAUUGCCAUAAGCCGCUAUGCAACCUUGAUAAAGAAGGAUUCCAAGCAAGAGAACAAUUCCUGUCAUGAGAAACUAUUUUAUGGUCAUUUACUGAAAAAAUUUCGACAGCCUAACUUCGCAAGAAAACUGUGCAUUUACAUAUGGGGAAUCGUGCUGGGCAUAAUUUCCCCCGUUAUCCUAUACUAUUCGAUUGUGGAGGCCACAGAAGGAGAAGAGAGCCUGUGCUACAAUCGGCAGAUGGAACUAGGAGCCAUGGUCUCUCAGAUUGCAGGUCUCAUUGGAACUACAUUUACUGGAUUUUCAUUUUUAGUUGUACUAAUAUCAUACUAUUCUUUUGUCAGUCACCUGAGAAAAGUUAGAACCUGUACAUCCAUUACAGAGAAAGAUUUGACUUACAGGUCUGUGAAAAGGCAUGUUUUGGUCAUCCAGAUCCUAUUAAUAGUUUGCUUUCUUCCAUACAGUCUUUUUAAACCCAUUUUUUAUGUUCUGCACCAAAGAGAAGACUGUGAGCAGUUAAAUAAUUUAAUAGAAGCAAAGAAUGUCCUCACUUGUCUUGCUUCAGCCAGAAGUAGCACAGAUCCUAUUAUAUUUCUUUUAUUAGAUAAAACGUUCAAGAAGACAUUGUAUCAUCUCUUUUCAGAAUCGAAUUCACCACAUAUACAACCACAUGGCUAACUUUCAGUUGGAAAAGAACAUGAAACAGAAAGGUGUUCGUAUGACUCUCCUAGGGACACUAAACAAUUAACACUUCAUGACUUGGUUGAUAAUAGGCACUGAGAAAACCUCCAGAUUUUUAAAAAUGAAUAAAUAACAUACCCUUAACAUUGGACUUGCAGUUUUACUUGUACUGAAAGUUGAGAUGGCUGAGACCUUCAGAAAUAAGUAUACAAAAUUAUCCAACUGCAUAUGAAAUCAACUGAUAAUGUUUUGUUUAAAUGCAAUAAUGGAUCUUUGAUUCAAAACUCAAUGUUCAAUGGUUGUACAAAAAGGAAGCAAAUGGUUUAUGGAGUUGUCUCCUUUCUAGUACUUAGAAUGCAAGGGUCCAUCUAGGAUUAGGAUUAGUGGUUUUUUUUUUUU